AUGCUUUCCCCACAAUGCACUCAGAUUUUUGGCACAAAAAUCAGCACGCAACAGUUUCGGUGUAAUUCAGUGACUACUGAGGAGAAAGACAAGUACUUUGUCCUCUCCCUGCUGGAAGCCAAACAGCACCGAGUCGCGAGAAUCCUCAGCCAUGAAGGAGGAAUCACAGACAUUGAGGUUUUGCAAGCUGCUCUGCUUCACGACACAGUGGAGGACACGGACACCACACCAACAGAACUGGUCCAUGUUGGGCUCACUGUGACUCGCAUCGUGUGUGAGGUGACAGACGACAAAACGUUGCCCAAGGAGAGGAAGCGCCUGCAGGUGGAACAUGCUGCUCAGUGUAGCGAAGCCAAACUGGUCAAAUUGGCCGACAAACUAUACAAUCUGAGGGACUUGAACCGCUGCACACCUGUCGGUUGGACAUCUGAGCGAGUCCAGGAGUAUUUUGUUUGGGCCUGUGAGGUGGUGAAAGGUCUGAAAGGAACCAACUCGGUUUUGGAAGAGAAGCUGGAAGAGUUGUUCAGAGAGAGGGGGGUGCAGCUCUGAAAGCCAAAUCUUUGGCAAAUGCAUUGUUUAUUCAUCAAUAAAUCACAUUUCUGUCAAUA